AUGGAGACAGUUACUUACGCUCAGUUCAUGGUUAUGGUCCAAGUUGAUGUUGUUUACAAGAGCGAGCAUGAGUGGAAUGGCAAGAAACUGACUCGUUCCUUGUUAGUAAGUGGGGACAAUGAUUGCUUCCGUUUUUCUUGUUUUCCAACACAAGUCAUUAAGGAUGUUUUAGCGGUUGAAAUCGAAAGGAUCUUACCCCUGGCCAAGUUGACGUCAGAGGACAAAACCAGCAUUGUCCUUGGCCUCGUGGACCGCUUAAUGAAGCAGAGGAGGACUUGGUCGGAGCAGAAAUGGAUUCCUUACAAAGUUCGUGUCGAGAAAACAGUAAUGGUGCCACCAGUGGAUAUGGAGGCUAUGCUUGAAGAAGCCAAAGAUCAAAAUCUUCUUGAAAGCAUUGGUACUAAUGUUGCUAAAAUGGUAGGCUCUCUUUUAGGGAAGUCAGACGAUUUACUGAUGGAGACUAUUCGAGAUGCGAUCCGUGAGGCCGGUCUGACUCAGUUCCCAGAUUCUUAUACUGAGUCGUGGUUGACAUGGGUUCAAAGGCAGGACAACUGUUCCAGAUUAUUCUUGCAACCUAACCGUCACAAGUUUGUCAAGGUGCUUGGCCCUGAUAUGGACUUGUUUGACACAUGUUGUAUAUGUCAAGAAGAUUUUUAUCUUGGGGAGUACGCAACAGUUACUUCUCCUUGUUCUCAUGUUUUCCACUCAAGCUGCAUUGCAGACUGGAUUAAUAAAUCCCCGAAGUGUCCACUCUGUUGUGCCCAGCUUGAAGUGUAUACUUGGUAUGAUUAA